AUUUCAAGACCGAUAACCAGUGGCAACUAAGUGAUUUCUUUCUCUUCUCUUCUCACAACCUGUUUGUUCUUCUCUUCAAGAUGAGUUCGUCAAGUUCUGUUGCUCACUCAACCUCAUUCCAAGUCCUAGUAGGCAGCACCAGCAAUCUAACCAAUCCCACCAUCGAUUUUGCGGCAUCGCUGCUACAAUUCAUUCGUUUCCCUCCUCUGUCAAUUUUGGGUUUAAUUUUCAAUUUUUUUAAUCUAUUUUUUAGGGUUUAAUUCAUGGGUUUUUUUGGUUAAUACUUUUAGUUGGGUUUUUGGGUUCAAUAGUAUUAGAAAUGAAUUAUUUUUAGGUUAUCUUCAAUCAUCACUAUGUCCUGGCAUCUUUGCUUCUUCUACCUCUACGGUUCAAUUCUCAGUUUGGUUUGCUUUCAAUGGGCUUGUUUGCUGGGUGUGAGAAUCCUGAGAUUUUAGAGAGAGAAAAUAGGAUGAGAGAGAAAAUUGAUGAUGAAUGUAUGAAGAAUGAGGAAGAUGAAUUUAUGGAGAAACCAAAUGGCGAAGCGAAGAAGAAGGUGAAGAUACUAAACACAAGCUCAAUACAAUUAAGCCAACAACAACAGCAACAACAACAACAAAUUGCAUUUCAGUUGGUUGGUUCGAUUGUUGAAAAGGGUAUUGAUGAUAGUGGCACGCAAAAGAAAACCACUACUGCCUACUCUUUUCCUAAACCCACUGUUGUUCCUUUUCCUGUUGCUCGGCAUCGUUCCCAUGGUCCUCAUUGGCGUCCACUUAAUAGUAAAGGAGGUUAUGAUCAUGAUAAUGAUGAUGGUGACAAUGACGUUGAAGAUGAAGAUGACACAGAUUUUAUGGGGUUUGAGAAAGCUGCUGCCUUUGCUAAUCCAGUACAAAGGAAGAAAACAAAGGGUAUGGAUUUUGGGAAAUGGAGAGAGUUUACUCAAGAUGAUAAAUCUUUCUUAGGCAAGGAUUUGGAAAAAGACGUAUCAAGCUAUGGCCCGACUACAGGGAGAAAGAAGAAUGAAAAUGGUGGUAAGAACACAUCCAAGAAAAUCUCAUCUCAUUCAGAUGGUAGUGUUUUUGCUUCUACGGAAGUCGAUGCGAAGCCACAGUUAGUUAAAUUAGAUGGUGGUUUUAUCAAUUCAGCCACUUCCAUGGAAUUAGAUACUUCAAAUAAGGAUGACAAGAAAGAAGUAUUUGCAGCUGAGCGGGACAAGAUUUUUUCCAACAGAAUGACUGAUCACAGUUCCACGUCUGAAAAAAACUACUUCAUGCAUGAACAAGAGUCGACGUCUCUUGAGAGAGAAAUUGAUUCUGAGAAUCGAGCUCGCAUCCAACAAAUGUCAACUGAGGAGAUUGAAGAAGCCAAGGCUGAUAUAAUGGAGAAGAUAAGUCCUGCAUUAUUGAAAGUACUGCAAAAAAGAGGGAAGGAGAAAUUGAAGAAACCCAAUAGUUUAAAAUCAGAAGUGGGUGCUGUCACCGAAUCUGUUAAUCAACAAGUUCAGAGUACUCAAGGAGCUAAACAUUUGCAGACAGAGGAUGACAUCUCCCAUACUAUAAUGGCACCACCAUCCAAAAAACAGCUAGAUGAUAAGAAUGUUAGUGGAAAGACUUCAACCACCACAAGUAGUAGCUCAUGGAAUGCUUGGAGCAAUAGAGUUGAGGCCAUCAGGGAGUUACGAUUUUCAUUGGCUGGGGAUGUUGUCGAUACUGAACAGGAGCCUGUGUAUGAUAAUAUCGCUGAACGUGACUAUUUGAGAACCGAGGGAGAUCCUGGUGCAGCUGGUUAUACAAUUAAAGAAGCACUGGAAAUUACUAGAAGUGUGAUUCCUGGACAAAGAGCCCUUGGAUUGCAUCUCCUUUCAUCCGUUCUUGACAAGGCACUAUGCUGUAUUUGUAAAGACAGAACUGGAAAUAUGACAAAAAAGGGGAACAAAGUCGACAAAUCAGUUGACUGGGAGGCUGUUUGGACUUAUGCACUUGGUCCUCAACCAGAGCUCGCUUUAUCACUUAGGAUGUGUCUUGAUGAUAACCAUAAUUCUGUGGUGUUGGCCUGUGCAAAGGUUGUUCAAUCUGCAUUGAGUUGUGAUGUGAAUGAGAACUACUUUGAUAUAUCAGAGAACAUGGCAACUUAUGACAAAGAUAUUUGCACAGCUCCGGUUUUCAGGAGCAGACCAGAUAUUUCUCUUGGAUUCCUUCAGGGGGGAUACUGGAAGUACAGUGCAAAACCUUCUAAUAUUCAACCUUUUAGCGAGGAUUCUAUGGAUAAUGAGAGUGACGAUAAACACACGAUUCAAGAUGAUGUAUUUGUUGCUGGACAAGAUUUUACGGCCGGUCUAGUUCGCAUGGGGAUCCUUCCUAGACUUCGUUAUCUUUUGGAGACAGAUCCUACUGCAGCUUUGGAAGAAUGUAUUGUUUCUAUACUGAUUGCCAUAGUAAGGCAUUCGCCUUCAUGUGCUAAUGCAGUGCUGAAGUGCGAAAGACUUAUUCAGACAAUUGUGCAAAGAUUUACUGUUGGCAAUUUUGAAAUUCGAUCUUCCAUGAUAAAAUCUGUAAAACUCUUGAAGGUCUUGGCUCGUUUGGACCGCAAAACUUGUUUAGAGUUUAUAAAGAAUGGGUACUUCAAUGCCAUGACUUGGAACUUAUAUCAACUUCCUUUGUCCAUUGACGACUGGCUAAAGUUAGGGAAGGAAAAAUGUAAACUCAAGUCUGCACUGACCAUUGAACAAUUGCGUUUCUGGAGGGUCUGCAUUCGAUAUGGAUAUUGUGUGUCUCACUUCUCCCAGAUAUUCCCUGCCUUGUGUUUUUGGUUGGAUCUUCCUUCAUUUGAAAAGCUUACAAAAAAUAAUGUUCUGAACGAAUCUACUUGCAUAUCUAGGGAGGCAUAUCUUGUUUUGGAGUCUUUGGCCGAAAGACUUCCAAAUUUAUUUUCGCAACAGUGUCUAACAAAUCAACAUCCCGAGUCCACUGAUGAUGCAGAGUUCUGGUCUUGGAGCUAUGUUGGUCCGAUGGUUGACUUAGCCAUAAAGUGGAUUGCAACAAGAAGUGAUCCAGAAGUAUAUAAAUUGUUCGAGGGACAGGAAGAAGGGGUGAAUCACUUCACUUUAGGAGAUCUCUCGGCAACUCCUUUGCUAUGGGUGUACGCAGCUGUGACUCACAUGCUUUUCAGAGUUCUUGAAAAGGUGACAUUGGGGGAUGAUAUCAGCCUACAGGAAGCUAAUGGGCAUGUGCCAUGGCUUCCGGAAUUUGUCCCAAAGAUUGGGCUUGAGUUGAUCAAUUAUUGGCAUUUGGGCUUUUCAGUUGCCUCUGUGACAAAAUCCGGAAGGGAUUCUGGUGAUGAAUCUUUUAUGAAGGAACUGAUUCAUUUGAGGCAGAAGGGGGAUAUUGAAAUGUCAUUGGCAUCAACCUGUUGUCUAAAUGGAAUAAUCAAUGUUAUUACUAAAAUUGAUAACCUGAUAAGGUCUGCCAAGACUGGCAUUUGUAAUCCCCCAGGCACAGAACAAAGUCAAUCGAAAGAAGGAAAAGUGCUUGAGGAAGGCAUAGUUAGUAGGUGUUUGGUUGAAUUAAGGUCUAUGCUUGAUGUUUUCACGUUUUCAGCUUCUUCAGGGUGGCAGCGAAUGCAGUCCAUUGAAAUAUUCGGCAGAGGAGGACCAGCUCCAGGCAUGGGAGUUGGAUGGGGUGCCCAUGGUGGAGGAUUUUGGUCAAAAACAGUUUUACCCGUUCAAACAGAUGCUAGAUUGCUCGUCUGUUUGCUGCAAAUUUUUGAAAAUACAUCUAAUGAUGCUCCCGAAACUGAACAAAUGACCUUCUCCAUGCAACGAGUUAACACUGCAUUGGGAUUAUGUUUAACUGCAGGACCUGCGGAUAUGGUUGUUAUAGAGAAGACAUUGGAUCUAUUGUUCCAUGUCUCUAUUUUGAAGUACCUUGACCUCUGUAUACAGAAUUUUCUCCUUAACAGGAGGGGUAAAGCCUUUGGGUGGAAAUAUGAAGAUGACGACUACAUGCACUUCAGUCGGAUGUUAUCAUCUCAUUUCAGGAGCAGAUGGUUAUCUGUAAGGGUGAAGUCUAAAGCUGUGGAUGGCAGUAGUUCUUCUGGCGUUAAGGCCACUCCAAAAGCCGAUGUGCGUUUGGAUACGAUAUAUGAAGACUCAGAUAUGUCUUCUACAACAAGUCCUUGCUGUAAUUCUUUGAUGAUAGAAUGGGCUCGACAGAACCUACCACUUCCGGUCCACUUUUACCUUAGUCCAAUCUCAACAAUUCCCCUUACUAAGCGAGCUGGUCCUCAAAAAGUUGGUAGUGUACAUAACCCACAUGAUCCCGCUAAUUUGCUUGAAGUGGCCAAAUGUGGACUUUUCUUUGUUUUAGGCAUUGAAACAAUGUCCAGUUUUAUAGGAACUGGCAUUCCUUCUCCUAUUCAGCGUGUAUCAUUGACAUGGAAGUUACAUUCAUUAUCUGUCAAUUUCCUUGUUGGAAUGGAAAUACUGGAACAAGAUCAGGGCAGGGAAACUUUUGAAGCUUUACAGGAUCUUUACGGUGAGCUUCUUGAUAAGGAGAGGUUUAACCAAAAUAAAGAAGCUAUUUCGGAUGAUAAAAAGCAUAUUGAGUUCCUGAGGUUCAAAUCCGAUAUUCACGAAAGUUACUCGACAUUUAUUGAAGAACUUGUAGAGCAGUUUUCUUCCAUAUCUUACGGUGAUCUAAUUUUUGGACGGCAAGUUUCAGUAUAUUUACACCGCUGUGUUGAAAGUUCUAUUCGACUUGCCACCUGGAAUACACUGUCUAAUGCUCGUGUUCUUGAACUUUUGCCUCCUUUAGAGAAAUGUUUUUCUGGCGCUGAAGGAUAUCUUGAACCUGCAGAGGAUAAUGAAGAGAUCUUGGAGGCUUAUGCUAAGUCAUGGGUUUCUGAUGCCCUUGACAGGGCUGAGAUUCGAGGAUCAGUUUCAUAUACUAUGGCUGUCCAUCACCUUUCCUCAUUCAUAUUUAAUGCUUGUCCUGUGGAUAAGUUAUUGCUGCGCAACAGGCUUGUUAGGUCUCUCUUGAGAGAUUAUGCUGGGAAGCAGCAACAUGAGGGAAUGUUAAUGAACCUCAUUUCGCAUAACAAGCAAUCAACAUCUAACAUGGAUGAGCAGCUGGAUGGUCUACUGCAUGAAGAGAGCUGGUUAGAGUCCAGGAUGAAAGUAUUGAAUGAGGCAUGUGAGGGAAAUUCCUCUCUUCUGACCCAGGUAAAGAAGUUGAAGGAUGCUGCAGAGAAAAAUUCCUUGUGAGGUAUUCAAGCAUGUAAAUAUAGGUCACUCAGAAAGAGCAACAAAGGGUAUUAGAUUUUGUAAAUGGAUUCUCUUAAAUGUUACUGAUUGGAGUGUACUGACAUUUUGUAUUCCAUGAUUGCCUGGUUUGGCUAUCAAGAUUAAAUUUAAUAAAUUAAUCAUCAAGGAAAUCACUAUGUUA